AUGACCCUCUCGCCACCUCCCCCCGUGUCUAAAUCUAAGGAGGUUGACGCAUACUACAUUGCGAGCUUGGGUCGCGACGGGGAUAUCAUGAUCCCACCGCAUUGGAGAUCUGUCUCUCUCCGUCAUUGCGCAUUCCUUGCCACACGGGACUGUUCUAUCAAGUUUAUCGACCUCUCAAGAGAUGCCUCAUGCCAAGCGUAUGGUGGCCAAGACGGCACCCAGAGGCUACUGUCCCGCGGAAACCAGGAGGCAGACAUAAGCCUAGGUCUCUGCAAUUUCAAGAUUAAACUUGACGACUCGACCACAGCCAAGUUUCGUGUUCAUUGGAAUCAUCAGCCAGGCAACCUACGUCCCGUCCUCGAAGCCUGGGAAAAUGCUAAGCUGCUGAUGCAUCCUAUGACGGCCGAGACUCAAGUGUUGCCAAAUGGAGGCCAACAACUAGAACGACGACUGCCGCCAGCCGAUGUGACCAACACCCACACUGGUUCUCUCAACGAUGUCGAGCAAUUUGAGGCGACCUCGACCGAAUUAGGAAGUGGUGCAUUCGGUACCGUUUUCACAGCUGUUAAUCGAAAGACUGGGUGCGUCGCUGCGGUCAAAAAGCAGCAGCUUCUCGGCGGGCUCCAGCGGACCUACUUGAAGCGUGAAAUCAACACAAUGAGACAACUAAAACAUUACAGAGGCAAGCAGACCACCGCCGCGGAUAUGUGGUCUCUGUUCAUGACGAUUGCUUGGACAAUGAAUCUGGGAAACUUUAGAAGCCAGGAAUGGCGCAAUUACGCUCAUCUUUUGCGAUGGAUUGCCGAUGUUGCCACCUUUGAGUGGUCUCGCUUGAUUCCGUUGCAGGACUUGAUCGUGUUCCGUCACAAGGAUCGCGCGACGGCGGCCCAAAUGCUUGUCAAGAUGUUCAAUGGUGUCGGGCUGACGACACCUCUUGAAAAUAUCCCGGCGCUACAGGCAGUAGAGCCGCCAAAGAAGUCCGAUAUACCCGAUCGGGCAGGCGCUCUGGAAGAGCUCCGAGCUGGCCGCCAUGAGAUCUCGCAAAAGGACCUAUCGAUGCCAGACGCAAGCGCCUUGCCCGCUAGCAACCCAGAUCAGCCGAUCCACGGAGAGAGGGCGCUGGUAUUGCACAAUGCAGCCCAGCCAGCCCGCGAGGAGAAGCCUCUACCAGCGAACCAUGCAGUUCAGCUAGCUCGCAAGGGUCUACCAUCGAAAUUUUUGAAUCCUUUGGGCAAAUGGAACAUCAACCAAGCUGGGUGGAAUCCUCGAGGACCCCUGGGAAGACAAGCUAGGGACCCGUUUGUAUGGAACGAGGGGAACGUUAAAAAACUGGUCAUAGGACCAGCACGGAAGUCCUUGGGAUUGAGAUUUAGGCGAGCUGGUGGAGGGAAUGCAGUGCAAGCUGCCGAUGAAUUCGUGGAAAAGCCUACCAUGCAGCAGGCUACCCCCUCGUUACAAACCGACGAAGAUGAGGAAGGCAAGGCUGUCGAGAGAAGCGCUGGAGACCGUGGCUCGACCAGAACUGCCGCCAGACACACCCGGGUCACGAGGCGGACUACAGCAGCAAAGAAUCGCCCCGUCAUUGAUUAUGAGGCUCUCACUCUCGAGGACAAGAACCAGAAGAAACGCUCGCUGAUUGCCGAUGCUUGGUUCGAUCGGUUGAAGAACAUGCCUGGCGCAUUCCCCGUUAGUCUGACGUAG